AUGUCGUCUCAACUACGCUCAGCUGUCUACGUUGCGCCGUCAAUUCCGAUCAGUGGCCGACCUGGAGUUGGCUGGUCGCCCAUCUCUUGCACCCUCGUUUACUCGAGUACCGAAGCCGUCCUGGUCGACACGCCAAUCACCGUCGCCCAGACGGAGGAUCUGAGCAAGUGGAUCGAGGGUAUAGCACCAAACCGAAAACUUCGGCACAUUUACAUCACUGAUGGACACGGCGACCACUUUUUCGGCAUACCCAUUCUUUUGAAGCGCUUCCCAGAAGCUAUGCCGUUGGCAACCACCGGCACUGUGGCGCACAUGGAGCAACAGGUCGAAGAGAACUACUUCAAGACAACGUGGGAGAGUCGUUUCCCGGGUCAGAUCCAUCAACCCUUUGCUCUUGCCAAACCGAUCCCGGCAGACUGGUCCGGCCGUUUUCAAAAUGACGACAAGUGGUACUUUGAAGCCAAGGAAUGCGGCCACAGUGACACCUAUUCUUCAACAAUCCUCUGGGUGCCUGCCCUGCGUCUUGCUAUAUGCGGAGACGUGGUGUAUGGUCAGGUCCAUCAGAUGCUGAUGGAAGCAAAAACCCGGGCGAAGAGAGAUGAAUGGAUUUGGGGCAUCGAAUUGAUCCGGUCGCUGGACCCGGCGUACGUUGUGGCAGGCCACAAACGGGCCGAGGAGAUUGAUGGUAUAUGGCAUCUGGACUCCACGAGGAAGUAUAUAGAGGACUUCGGCAAAGUCCUACAGCAAGAACCGGCUACUGAGGCUGAAGUGUUCUCGGCUAUGAUGGAGCUUUAUCCAGAUAGGCUCAAUCCGGGAGCGUUGAAGCUGAGCGCGAUGGGACUGUUCAUGGCCCCAAAGCAAACACGUAUCUAA